AUGGCACUGGUUGCAGAGUUCUUGGGUCAGCUCACUCUGGGAUAUGGAAAGGAGAGUGAAGCAAGAUUCCCGACAGUUGUUCCAGCCUCAGACUUUGACCCAGAUAGGGAUGCAGCCAAAAUAGAGACUGCCAUUAAAACCAAGGGAGUGGAUGAGCAAACAAUCAUUGACAUCUUGACCAAUCGCAGUUACUCACAGAGAAGAGAGAUUGCCUUUGAGUAUGAGAAAAGGGCAAAAAAGGAUAUGGUCUCAGCUCUAAAGAGUGCACUGUCUGGUUCUCUGGAGAACCUCAUUUUGGGCCUUAUGAAGAGCACAACUCAGUUUGAUGCAUCAGAGAUCAGAGCAUCCAUAAAGGGUUUGGGAACCGACGAGGAGAGCUUGAUUGAGAUAGUGUGUUCCCGCAGCGCUGCUGAGCUGGUAGAGAUUAAGAAAGCUUACAAAGAAAUGUUUAAGAAAGACAUGGAGAAGGACAUUGCUGGAGACACAUCGGGAGAUUUUGCCAAGCUGUUGCUGGCUCUUGUUGAGGGAAAGAGGGAGGAACCUGGUAACGUAGUGGACUAUGACCGUAUCGAUCAGGAUGCUCAAGCUCUAUAUGAGGCUGGUGUGAAGAGAAAGGGAACUGAUGUAGCCACUUGGAUUACCAUCUUCUCUGAGAGGAGUGUCCCACACCUGCAAAAAGUGUUUGACAGGUAUACGAGUUACAGUCCUUACGGCAUGAAGGAGAGCAUCUGUAAAGAGGUGAAAGGAGACCUGGAGAAAUCCUUCCUAACAUUAGUGGAAUGCUUUGAGAACAAGCACCUAUACUUUGCCAACAGACUUGCUGAUGCCAUGAAGGGUAAAGGGGCAAAAGAGAAGACUCUGACACGCAUCGUGGUCUCACGUUGUGAGAUCGACCUCAUGAAGAUCCGCACAGAAUUCAAAAAGCUACAUGGAAAAUCCCUCUACCAGACUAUUGCGGAACAUACGAAGGGUGACUACCAGAGAGCACUACUGAGCCUGUGUGGAGGGGAUGAUUAG